AGUUCCUCUGAUUGGGUACUCCCAGCCACUGAUUAAAAAUGCUGAUGCUGUCUCUGCUCUCCUUUCCACUUGGAGGAGAAAUCUCUUUCCCCACCCCCAAGCCCACCUCUAGGAUGUAAGUAAUGGUGAGAAGAUGAACAUGAAAACAGUGCAGCCUGAGUGACUGGAGGAAAACAGCGGUCUGCUUUAGCUGCAGCGUUAUGUAGGAGUCGUCUCCAGACUUCUUACUGUAGAUUUUUCAGCACAAACUGCUUGCAGGUUUUGGAAGGCUGAGCAAGGACUUGCCAGUGCUGUGUUAGUGUUUUCUGUGUAGCAUCAAACUGCCUUGCUUUUCCCUGGACAGCUGUGUUCAGAGCUUCAUGUGGAAAUCUUUCUAUUGAAGAGAGAUAAAAAGGAUCUUUAAUCUGAUUCUCUUUGGAUCUUUCUAUUUUUAUGGUAUAAGUUUAUCUAUUAAUGGGGCUGAAAAGCGUGUGCAAAUCUGUCAGAGGAGGACUGCAGCAAGCUACCCAGUGUCACAGCGUCCGCCUGUGGUUGGGCACCCUUCAUUCCCACAAGUCAGAAGGUCAAUAAAGAUGGAAGCCUCGUCAGCUGGGUCAAGUAAUCCAGCAGUCUCUGGUGGAAAAGCAAAAACCCACCAGCCAGCUAAGGAUGUCAACAUUUUUUUUGAUGAGCUAGAAGGUGUGAACAGCCCUUCCAAAGAUGAUGACUCCCUGCUUCACCACGGUAACUUGACCAGUACUUCUGAUGAUGCCAGCAGGUUGGAAGUGGUGGGAGAGGAAGUACCUGAUAAAAACAAAGCCAAUGGAUUGUAUUUUAGAGAUGGAAAAUGUCGGAUUGACUACAUCCUGGUAUACAGAAAAUCCAAUCCACAGACAGAAAAGAGGGAAGUAUUUGAAAGAAAUAUCAGGGCAGAAGGAAUUCAAAUGGAAAAAGAGUCAUCUCUAACAAACAGUGACAUCAUCUUUGUGAAGUUGCAUGCCCCUUGGGAAGUCCUGGGCAAAUAUGCUGAACUAAUGAAUGUAAGAAUGCCGUUCAGGCCCUUUAACCCCUUCACUGCUGGAGCCCCCUGCAUACUUGUGCGCUGCUGUUUUUUAAAUGGACAUUUCAUUGAAAUCAAUGGGAGGUCAAGAAGAUCCAGGAGAAAAAUCUAUUACCUGCACCGCCGAUACAAGUUCAUGAAUAGGAUCGAGAAACAGAUAAGCAGGUUUCGAGGAUGGUUGCCUAGAAAGCCAAUGAAACUGGACAAGGAGACACUGCCAGAUCUGGAGGAGAAUGACUGCUAUACUGCUCCAUUCAGCCAACAAAGGAUCCAUCACUUCAUCAUACACAACAAAGACACUUUCUUCAAUAACGCUACAAGAAGUAGAAUUGUACACCAUAUCUUACAAAGAGUGAAAUAUGAAGAAGGGAAAAACAAAAUUGGUCUGAAUCGAUUGCUCAGUAAUGGCUCCUAUGAAGCUGCGUUUCCUCUUCAUGAGGGAAGCUACAGAAGUAAGAAUUCGAUAAAAACCCAUGGGGCAGAAAACCACAGACACCUCCUCUAUGAGUGCUGGGCUUCCUGGGGAGUAUGGUAUAAAUACCAACCACUGGAUCUAGUGAGACGAUACUUCGGUGAGAAAAUUGGCCUGUACUUUGCCUGGUUAGGCUGGUACACGGGGAUGCUCUUCCCAGCUGCCUUCAUUGGAUUGUUUGUCUUUUUGUAUGGAGUCACUACUUUGAACCACUGCCAAGUCAGUAAAGAAGUCUGCCAAGCUACAGAUAUCAUAAUGUGUCCUAUAUGUGAUAAAUACUGUCCCUUCAUGAGGCUGUCAGAUAGCUGCGUUUAUGCCAAGGUUACACACCUUUUUGACAAUGGAGCUACUGUCUUUUUUGCUGUUUUCAUGGCAGUGUGGGCUACUGUUUUUCUGGAGUUUUGGAAACGAAGGCGAGCAGUAAUUGCUUACGACUGGGACUUGAUAGACUGGGAAGAAGAAGAGGAAGAGAUACGUCCGCAGUUUGAAGCCAAGUACUCCAAGAAAGAACGAAUGAACCCCAUAUCCGGAAAGCCAGAGCCUUACCAAGCAUUUGCAGAUAAAUGCAGCAGACUCAUUGUUUCUGCAUCCGGCAUAUUUUUUAUGAUCUGUGUGGUGAUUGCUGCUGUUUUUGGCAUUGUUAUUUACCGUGUUGUGACUGUCAGCACUUUUGCUGCCUUCAAGUGGGCUUUAAUCAGGAAUAACUCUCAGGUUGCAACAACAGGGACUGCAGUGUGCAUCAACUUUUGCAUCAUCAUGUUACUGAAUGUGUUAUAUGAAAAGGUUGCCCUUUUCCUGACAAAUUUAGAGCAGCCUCGUACAGAAUCUGAGUGGGAGAACAGCUUCACAUUGAAAAUGUUUCUUUUUCAGUUUGUCAACCUGAACAGCUCUACUUUUUAUAUAGCAUUCUUCCUUGGAAGAUUUACAGGACACCCUGGAGCCUACCUAAGGCUGAUAAACCGGUGGAGACUGGAAGAGUGCCACCCUAGUGGAUGCCUUAUUGAUCUCUGUAUGCAAAUGGGUAUCAUAAUGGUGCUAAAGCAGACCUGGAAUAAUUUCAUGGAACUGGGCUACCCGCUAAUUCAGAAUUGGUGGACCAGAAGAAAACUACGGCAAGAAUAUGGCACACAGAGAAAAACAAGCUUCCCACAGUGGGAAAAGGACUACAAUCUGCAGCCUAUGAAUGCUUAUGGACUGUUUGAUGAAUACCUGGAAAUGAUUCUUCAGUUUGGAUUCACAACCAUUUUUGUGGCAGCUUUUCCACUGGCACCACUUCUGGCCUUACUUAACAAUAUUAUUGAAAUUAGGCUUGAUGCAUACAAAUUUGUCACCCAGUGGAGAAGACCUUUAGCUUCAAGAGCCAAAGAUAUAGGCAUCUGGUACGGGAUUCUGGAAGGCAUUGGAAUUCUCUCUGUUAUCACAAAUGCAUUUGUUAUAGCUGUGACAUCAGAUUUCAUCCCUCGACUUGUUUAUGCUUACAAAUAUGGACCUUGUGCAGGCCAAGGAGAAGCUGGGCAAAAGUGUAUGGUUGGCUAUGUUAAUGCCAGUUUAUCAGUAUUUCUGGUGUCAGACUUUGAAAACCGUUCAGAGCCUACAUCAAAUGGAAGUGAAUUCUCUGGUUCACCAUUAAAAUAUUGCAGGUACAGGGACUACCGAGACCCUCCUCACUCGCCGGUGCCCUACGGCUACACAUUGCAGUUCUGGCAUGUCCUAGCAGCACGGUUGGCUUUCAUUAUUGUAUUUGAGCAUCUUGUCUUUUGCAUAAAGCACCUGAUUUCCUACUUAAUCCCAGAUCUCCCAAAAGAUCUGAGAGAUCGAAUGAGGAGAGAAAAAUAUCUGAUUCAGGAAAUGAUGUAUGAAGCAGAAUUAGAACGCCUGCAGAAAGAAAGGAAGGAAAGAAAGAAGAAUGGAAAAUCUUAUCACAAUGAGUGGCCAUGAUGGGGUGAGGAAGAAACUGCUUAAAAGAAGAUAGGAAUUCUGUUUAUUAAAAAAAAUUCCUGGUUUUCUGCUGUAGAGAGCACAGUGAAAGAGGAAUAAUCAGUGUUGUGUGCACUCAGCACGUCUGUCCAUAUUUAAAAUGGUGCAUACUGCGCUAAGUCUUUUCAAAUUAGGGGUCUUACAAGGCUUAGUCUUCUCCAGAGCUAAUAUUGGCAUGAGCAGAGCAGACCAAUGCAUAAGCCUCCACACUAUUUCCAGGCAUGGCUUAAAUUCAAGGCCCCGAACUUCAAAGCAGCUAUAUAUCUUAGAGCGCUUUACAGAACCUCAUCAUGGCUGAGCAGCUACUUCAUAACCAAUGACUGCUCAUUACCAACAUGACAGUACAUGUCCACAUGCGUAGUCACCACAUGCAGAAAACGCAUGGCAACGAUGCCCUAUCCCACGGUGGAAUAAGUGGUGUAAGCUAGCAUCUACCAUGAGUUAAGGUAACAUAUGGGGAUUGUUUCCAUAAUUUGAACAAUACCUAAGUACAUGUGAGGAGGAGAUCUUUGAUCAUGAGUCCAAUCAGAUGCUUUAACAAUGCUGAAAAAAUUGCACAUGCGGAAGUAUUGGCAGAUAGGCAAGCACCUAAAUGUGCCCAGAGGUGUCUAACUGUAGGGUCAUUAAUUUGGACACAUUAUUGUGAAAGGUUGGUAACACGUUUUAAAGAUCUGAACAGUGCCUUUUCAGCUAUAGGUCUGUCUGGUCUCUGAAGGAAACAAAUCAAGCUAGGAAACCUCAUCCAGAAUUUCUCACGUCCUUGUAUUGCAAGACCGCAUCAAGGCCUCAUCAGGAAUGAGAGUAUAUAAUACGCAUUACAGAAGACUGACUGUGUCUUAGAAACCUGUCUGCCUAAGUAAAUCAACAAUAACAAAAAAAAAAAAAAAAAAAAAAAAAAAAACCAACAAUGGAUGAACAAAGGCAGCAGAGCAAGGGAACACAGUCAUUCAUAAUCUCUGCUCUUGUCACUUCUCCUUUAUUCAUCCUUCUGUUGUCUGGAGUGGGAGGGAACAACUACGCUGUAGUAUGAAAUAGCUUGGAAUCCUUCAUGCACAGCAGUUCUACAUAGGCUGAAGAAUUUGAUUUGGCCAAAAUGAGCCACUGACUGUAUCCUUUUGGAAAAUGUUUAGCAUUAAGAAAUUAAAAAGUUUGCAGGUCAUUAGCCCAAAAUAGUAGAGUUGUAACUCUGAAGACUACAGAAGUGCUGGACGGAGCAACAUGAAUCAAAAUGCUGAGCAUUGUGAAAGCUCCACUGCCUCUUGCCUCAAAGUGAUAAUACUGCAAUUCUUGCAGAAGGUGCAGUAGCAUAAUCAGCCACAGCAUGAAGAAGGAAGUUCAAAAGCCAAGACUGUAAGUAGAUUGCAAGUAAAUGCAUGUCUUGGUGAGGAUACAGCUACAUGCAAAGUACUGGAGCUCAUCAAUUCACUUUUCCAAGUAACUGGAGCUUCAAAAACAGUAUGCUUUUAUCAGAGCUAUUAAUGAAUAAUGACCUUGUUAGCUGAAAGGCAUUUGACAGGGAGGAAGAUUCAGCACGUUGUUUCUACAAGUUCUUCUAGAAACCAUUCAAUAGAAGGGGUAUUGGACAGAUCGCACAGUGCAAGAUCCUUUGUAUGGAUUCCUCAGACUCCAGCAGACACGAGAACCACUUACAUCAAGACCACACAUUGCCAAAUUAGAUCUGUUAACUUCAUUCCACUGCAAGGUAGAACUGUGCUAUUUCUGUGGGGAGGAAAGUUUUGAUAAAAAGAAGUAUGGUUUGGUGGAAGAAAAUGUUUGCACUCUGAUCUCUGUAGCCACUGCCAGCCUACAUUUUGCUUCCUUUCAAUAAGGAACCUCCUCCAGGAGUGAUCCAUCAUCCUGCAUGAAGAGGAUAGAUGGCACAGAGGCUUCCACUACCAAGUGCUCCUGACCCAAGCCUGGAAUUCCCAUGAGGCAAUAUAGCCACUGAAGGAGUUUCAGGAUGAAUCUGUUCUCUACUGACUUGGUGCCAAAAGGAAUGAGGAACACAACUAAUGGUUCUGGGAUGUAUUCCUGCCUACUAAGCAAGUGAACUUGUUUGUUCAUCUUUGCUUUGGCUGUCAGCUGCUGUGGACACAGCCGAUAUGGGCAGUGAAGAAAUGGGAAUGUUCUGUCUCGGUGGAUAGGGGGCGAUAGUUAGGCAAUGUCACUCAGUCUUUGAUACACACGUGCCAAAUGGGUUAGUAUUUACCAUUCACCAACUAUGGACGUAUAUUACACUUGCAGUCUGGAUACUCUCAGGCAGGACCACUGUGCAAAAUCACAUUCAGACCAAAUUCACAUGAGCAAUUGGAUUAGACCAGAUACGCUCUGUUUAAUAUCUAAAAAAAAAAAAAAAA